AUGCAAAGAUCUAUGCAGAAUAAAUUAACAAAUAAACAAAUGAAUGAAUACACGCUCAAUCCGACUCCGCGGACUGCAGAGCGCGAGAUUCGAGAGACAGGCGAGGGCGGCCCUCCUACAUUGGUCCUGGUGGCCGUGACCCGGGAAAGUGGGCGCGGAGACACCGACCCAGAGUGCGGCGUGGCUGGCUCCCGGCUGCUGCACGUGCACCUCCAGCGGAGGCCGCGCGGCUGCCCCUUGCGUCUGCGCCCGCUGGGGGGCGCUCCUCUCCCACCCCCGCGCGCCCACUCGCGGACACCUCAAGGUGCCCUGCGAUUCUGGUCCGACUCUUGGCGCACGCGCCGCCUCCUACCUGAGGGCCGGCGAGGGAGGCGGGCGGAAGGGCUGACGGGGCUGAACAAGACCGUGGCAGGAGGCGGGAAGCAAGAGAGCCGCGGCGGACAGUCCGGGCGUGGGGACGCGCGCGCGCGCGCGCGCGCUCCCGGCCCUCACUCCCUUAGUCGACUCCCAGCCAGAGCCCAACCCUGCUGCCGCGCGCCUCCCGCCUCACCGCGCCUAAUAACAACUGCGCCCGGGGUCAGGUGGCCGCGCGCGGACAGCGCCGCCAUUGGCUCGAUGGGGAGCGCGGCGCACCAGGAUUGGAUGGGAGGCGGAGCCUUGCCGGUGCGGGGGCGGGGCUGUGAAGGGAGGCGGUUAGGGAGGCGACGGGGGUGGGGCCAGGCCGCGAUCCGCGCCUUUGUGCCCGGCGCGCGCUCUCCGCCCGUUCCGGCUGCAGCGCCGGCUGCAUCAAUAAUUCAGAGCAGCGGCGGCGGCGGCGGCGGGUACGGGCAGGAGGCAGCUGGACAAGCGGGGACGGUGCGGUAG